AUGGCGGUUGAAACGUAUGCGUUUGAUCAAACUUUCACAUUUAAUCUGCUUCCAAAAAGAAAGUUCACAUUCCUGGAAGAUUCACGGUUCACGGAACUGUUGAUGAAAUGGUCCAUGUUAGGGAGAAUUUCUGUCCAGGCUUUUAACUUUGACCAGGUCUUUCACUCUUACAUGAAGGAUAACUUUGCUCUGAAUUUCUUUCAGGACCCUUGUGUGAAAAACAACUUGCGUGUGUUGGACACUUCAGGUGUAUGGAAACCUCUGGGCAGAGAUGUUACACAUGUGGACGUGGAACUUGUUCCAUGCACUAAAGUGUCUAUGGACAUAUUUGAUCCAGUUUUCUCCAGUGGAAUCGUGCGUACUUCCGGUCACAUUGCCAAAUGUUUCCAUGAAGUACAUCCUGACUUUGAUGAAUUGCGGGUGAUGCUGUUUGAAGAGGACUCGGAUAAUUAUCAUGUGAUCAGUCUGUGUGAUCGUCAGGAGUUCCUGUUUAGGCUGUUUAAGCACGUUGUACUGGGUGGUGAACUCUGCCAGUACGAAGACAUCAUCAGUCCUUACAUUGACACUGCAAAAACAAUUUAUAAAGAUUUAGUGAGUGUUCAGAAAGAUCCUGAUACAAAGAUGAUCAGUGUCGUAUCAACGAUUAUGAAAGUCUCUGCCUAUGAUGAUGACGGCUUGUGUUACCCCUCUGGAAGAGACAACGAGCAGACGUUUGCCUAUUUGUGCAUUGAUCCUUUCAAAAGACAUGUGUAUGUCUUGUACCAUAGUUUUGGCAUUGGCCUGUUCUCUAACAAUGGUGUUCUGUGCUCUUGA